GUCGUCCAAUCCACGGCUCGGCAACCGUGGAAGGUGGCGAACCUUGUGUGUUCGGGCUCGUUAGCUCUUCACAUGUGAAUAGAUUGGACUGCCGCGCAGUUUGUGAGCCAAACAUGGACCUGAGGGAAGUUUGAGCUGGAUUGUCAUUUUCCCCAUUUACUUGUGUUGAAUUUGACUGCGCAUCAGCGACUGAUAUAAGAAACUUGGACAAGAAAGGGAGUGGGAGAGGAUGACAGGGAGCAAAGUGCCCCAUUCUGGGAUUCAAACCUGGGCUGGCUGUGUUGAGGAGCUGUAGCUUCUGUAAAUGUGGCGGCGGCUCUACCAGACACCAUGAUCCGGCUGGAGGAGGAUAAUUCUGCACCCCCAGUAGACAGCAUGAACACCGAAAGGCACUCUGCUGAAAGAAUAUGCCAGAACAUUACAAUGAGCUCCAACAGUACAGACCCUGGUCUCCUCCUGACUGCCAUUCCCUCGGCCAAAGCCUACCCACAAUCCAACGUGCUCCAUCGAGGAGAAACCGCAGGAGCCCCCUUGUUGGCCCCUAAUGUGGAUCCUGUUGAUGAUAAUUCAUCUUUCACCAGCAAACUCUUUAACCAAUCUUCACAAAAUGGGACUGAAAUGCCAAGCCUUGGCCCUCUGGGUGGCCACCAUGUGUGGCAAGUUGUCCUCAUUGUCUUACUGACAGGCACAUUGUCACUGGUCACCAUCAUUGGUAACAUUUUGGUAGUGGUGUCCUUCAAGGUUAAUCGCCAGCUAAAGACAGUCAACAACUACUUCCUUUUGAGCUUAGCUGUGGCUGAUCUCAUCAUAGGUGUGAUCUCCAUGAACCUUUAUACAACUUAUCUUAUAAUGGGCUACUGGGCUAUGGGCAACUGGGCCUGUGACCUUUGGCUCGCUAUUGACUAUGUUGCAAGCAAUGCGUCAGUUAUGAAUCUACUGGUCAUCAGCUUUGACCGCUACUUUUCAGUCACCAGGCCUUUAACUUACAGGGCCAAACGGACCACAAAGCGCGCUGGAAUCAUGAUAGGCUUAGCCUGGUUUGUUUCUCUUGUUCUCUGGGCCCCAGCUAUUCUCUUGUGGCAAUAUUUUGUAGGUACAAGAACUGUGCCCCCAAAUCACUGCUAUAUUCAGUUCCUCACAGAGCCUGUAAUCACCUUCUGCACAGCCAUGGCAGCUUUCUACCUGCCUGUGACGAUAAUGAGUGUUCUCUACUGGCGUAUUUACAAAGAGACCCAGAAUCGCUCAAAAGAGUUAGCCGGGUUGCAGGGUUCAGAGGCCCGUGGUGGGAUAGGGGGACAAAGAGGGAAUGUAGAGGGUGAGAGAGCCCGUUUUGUACAUCAGACAGGAAGUUCAAGAAGUUGCAGUAGCUAUGAGUUGACCAGGUUGUCUAAGAAAAAGACCACAUGUCAAGAGCUGGUUGGGCGCUUCCACUGUUGGCCUGGGGUUCGUUCCUGGAGACCUGGUAGUAUCCGACAGGGAGAUGGCGAUGCAGACCAGAGCAGCAGUGACAGCUGGAACAACAAUGAUGCUGCUGUGUCUUUGGACCACUCUGGGUCCUCAGAGGAUGAGGACUGUGGGGGAAGAGAGAUGAUUUCCCAGAGUCAUGCUAUCUUUUCCAUUGUUCUUAGCCUCCCUGGAAUUAAGGCUGCUGUGAACUCUCAGCUCACCUCGUGUGAGGAUCUGGAUGCAGCAUCAGAGGAGGAUCCCUUAAGGGGAGCUGAGUAUAACCGAGACAACUUGUCAACAGUCACCACCGACACCACUGCCACCAUUACAGCUGAGGGAACAAACAGUAAGGAAAAUAGCUACCACCAACGCUUCUGCACACGCAAGACUCAGUCAAUGUCUACUAUCCAAACUAACUCUAACCAAGGGUUUCUAGAUGGUACACCAGCUACCACUGCCUCUGAUUGCACUCCCACCAGCACAGCCACCAAGUCCCCCUCUGUCCCAAUGUCUUUCAAAGAAGCAGCUAUGGCAAAGCGCUUUGCAGCCCGAGCUCGAACUCAGAUCACUAAGAGGAAGCGUAUGUCCUUAGUGAAGGAGAAAAAAGCUGCUCAAACUCUCAGCGCUAUUCUCUUAGCUUUCAUCAUCACAUGGACACCUUACAACAUCAUGGUGCUGGUCAAUGCCUUUUGCAAAGUUUGCAUCCCAGAGACCCUGUGGGCAGUAGGAUACUGGCUGUGCUAUGUCAACAGUACAGUCAACCCAAUGUGUUACGCACUGUGCAACAAAACUUUCCGUACAACCUUUAAGAUGAUACUGCUAUGCCGAUGGGACCAGAAAAAAAGGAGGAAGCAGCAGUUCCAGCAGAGGCAGUCGGUGGUCUUCCACAGGAGCAUUCCCAGGGAAUCCACGUAAAUGACUGAAAGGUUGGAUAGUUUAUCACAGAAUUUGAAGAUUAAACACAGGACAAGGAAAAAAGAAAGAAGCCUCCAGGUAGUUGUUUCUGUGGAGUUUCUUUGCCUGUCCUUCACGGCUGUGAUGUUUGAACACAGCAAACCUAUGUGGUGGUGUUGCAGUAUGUGAUUGUGUCGGUGCAUUCAUUUAGCAAAAGGUGUAUAUGUGUGUGAAGGUUUGCCUAAGGUGAGGUCUAGAGAUGAAAGCUUUGCCUUUCUCCUCAGAGAAAAUCUUUACCAAGAAAAGAAAAAAUGAACUGAGUGGAAAAUAAUUGUAAAGGGCUUUUAAAAUGCAUUGCAGGAGAAAUACUGAAGUGCAAUUGACACAAAUAGAAAGCAUGUCUAUGUCACUGGGUUGGGGAAUCACAUUUCUUAUCAUUUCCCUCUGUGGGUAGCUAGAUUUGUAAUGUGCAGAGUGGUUUUGCAUUUUAAACAGAACUAUCUAUCUGUAAUAUGAUACUGAAAGCCAAGGUAAAACCAAUUUUGUGUUCACAGGCUUCCACAUUUUACUGAUUUGCAGUGACAUCUUCUUGAUUGGCAUGUGAUUUUAACUUUUGUGGAUUACCUUUGUACGUUAUACAUGGAUAUAGCUUUCCUGUGUCUAAUGGAAUAUAAACUGUUCUUGGGUUGUUACUCUUGGUCAACACAGAUCUGUUAUUUUUGUGAUAUUCAUCUUUGGUUUUCUUGGUAUUCCAGAGAUUUUGAGCCAGUCUGAAAAUUAUUCUUUUGAUGAACUUUUGAUGAACAUGUGAAUAUUCUGUGUGCCACCACAGUCAGUAAACUGCUGUUGUGCUCAAUGUGAUUGUUGUGGUUUUAUGGUGGAGACAAUAAGUACAUUGGCUGUGUUUUAUGUACUUGCAGUUUUCUGUCAAAAGUAACAAUUAUACAGUGAUGAUAUUCUCUUUAUGUAUAUUUGGAUAUUUCAGACUUGAGACACAAUGAUUGAUUGCACACACAACGAUGUCCAUUUUUAAAAGAAUAUUUGAUUUUUCACUAACUCUUAAAUUCCUACAACUGACUCAUGUAAGGAACUUUUUAUAAAAGGCCCACCACCUAACAUAUAGAAGAACAACGGCAGCCUCUAGUGGCUGAGAGAAAGACCUGUUACCCAGAAUACUGUGUAUCAUCAUCUAACUGCAGUGCCAAUAUCCUAAAUGAAAAAUGACAAUUUGCAUCACAAUUGUGCAUCAGUUAUUCAUGCUCUGAAGGUGUUUAGUUCAAUGAAAUGGCUCAAACAUGUAGGUCAUGUUAAAAAAGAACAGCCGCAAUCAUUGACUGUAUCCUAUUUAUGAUUUAACUUUUUUUUCUUAUGGUUUCUUGAAGAAGUACUUCCUUGAAAUUGUUAUUAAGCUUUGCAGCAUAUGAUUUGUAUAUAUUGUCGGCACCUAUUUUGGUAUUAAGUAUCAUCAGGUUUUCUUAUACAUACAGUUGGUAAACUCCACACACCAAUAAACAAUAGUCAACAUUAACAUGAAAAAUGUAUUUGAAUUUGUAUUUUAAUGCACAUUAUGUUGUUUUUGUCUAAUGCAGAGGUUCUUUUUUUUCUUCGUUGCUGAAUUCAAAUUUUUCUUUCAGCAUCAACAUGGUGUAAAAAAUAUUGAAAGUGAGGUUAAAACUGUACUUCAACAGUAAGUUUAAUUAGGGAGAAGAUUCUGGACACAGUGGUCAUACAUGAUGCUUAACUGUAAAUUAGAUGUCAGGGGGAAAGUGAAAAAGAAAAAAAUGGUAGAUAUUUCCCUGCUUUGAAAACGGUGUGCUCCAAUGUCAUAAUAAAUCAUCAUCAAAUCAUGAUUUGUUUUAUACUUAAAUACUGGGAAUGUAAACUGCCAAAUGGUGAACACACAGUUUGUUUAAUUUUAAGUAUGCCAAUUAUAUGCUUAUUUUAAGCCAAUAAACAAACA